AUGCCAAAAGUCCCCUCUUCCCGCUCCCAGUCCUUCUCAGACCACAAACUGAAUAUCGCCAACCCACCCGCUCUCUCCAUUACGUGCGCCCCUUGCCGGUCUAAAAAGAUCAAGUGCGAUUCGAUAAAGCCGACGUGUACGAAUUGUUUGAAGAAUCCAGAGCGGUGUUAUUAUCCUGCAAAGCUGAAGCCCGGGUUGAGGCCGGGAACGGGGUUGGAGAUGAUGAAGCGUGUUGAGAUGUUGGAAGAAAAGAUGGAGCUCUAUGGUUCGCAGCUGGCAGAGCACGAAAGCCGCCUCUCCUCUAUGCCCUAUUCCGUCGCCGGGCCCUCUUUUUCGUACGACAACAACACCCCCCUCUCCGAUCCGAAUCAACAAGCCCAGCAGCAUCAGCAAGACCGACUUGAACAAGCCUACACGACGGGCAUUUCUCCAGGGAUGAGCUCGAGAGGCCAAAUGCCCCCGCCGCUCCAUGCGAUCUCUGCCAACCUACCGCCAAGUUCCCAGCCGUUCGCCUACCCGCCCAACCCUUCGCCAAGCUCGGCAGGAGGACCGGUAUAUGACCGACAGUCCUUUGCAUUGUCAUCAGCAUCGCCCCAUGUGAACAACAGCGUCGCAUCCCCAGGCUCAUUCCUCGACCCACAGAUCCUCCCGCCAGACGAUAUCGUCCGCGACCUCAUCACCCUCUUCUUCACCCACAUCCACCCCUGGUGCCCCAUCCUCUCUGCCUCCCCCUCCGACUUCCAGCCCCCCUGGGGGAUAGUGCACCACGCCAUCGUCGUCGUCUCCCUCCGCUUCUCGCGCGAUCCGCGUAUAACGACGUCCAAGAGCGCGAUCAAGCAACAGGCAAAGCAGCAUGUGUUGGCGCAUGCGGUGGAGUCGACGAGCGUGGCGUCGUUGCAGGCGUUGGCGCUGUUGGCUGUGGAUCUGAUAGGGAGCGAUCAGGGGCCGAGUAGUUGGGGGAUACUGGCGCUCCUCACCAGGUCUGCAGUCCACCUCGGUCUUUCUCGCGAAGACGACCCUCCCCCUCCCCCGCCCUCCUCUUCCACCGCUUCCACCUCUUCCACCGCCCACGCGCUUUCUAGGACGAGUAUCCUCCCCCCGCCCGGGUCCUGGCAAGAAGAUGAAUCUCGGAGGCGCCUGUUUUGGUGGGUGUUUGUGUUGGAUCGGUAUGUGUGUUGUUCGACGGGGUGGGAGUUUGCGGUGCCGGAUGGGGAUGUGGGGAGGAGGAUGCCUUGUCCGGAAGCGGUGUGGACGCAGCCUGAAUGGCACCAAACCCCAACAUUCGCCUCCCCCCUCUCUUCCCUCUCCAUCUCCUCCUCGUCCCACCACCAUCCCCUAACACCCCUCCCCCUGACCUCCGUCUCACCCCUAGCAUACCUCGUCGAAGCGCUCGACCUCCUCGGCCGCGCGCACACGCUGCAAGGGGAAAAGAUCAACCUCGGCGAUCGGGGGGAGGUGGAGGGGAGGCGGGGGAUGGCGUUGGGUGUUACGAGGGUUGUGAGGGCGUGGUGGGAGGUGAGGGAUGUGGCCGGGAUUGGGGAUGUGGGGAUGAGGUUGAUGAUUCAAGCGAUCCACCACGCCACCCUCCUAAAACUAAACGCCUCCCACGCCUACCCCGCCCUCCUGCCCCCCACAAGAUCAGCACAAGAACCUUUCUUGUCUACGUGCCUCAACUCGGCGAGGGCGAUGGCGAGGUUGGUGGAGGAAGGAAGGGAGGCGGGGUGGGAGAGGGGAGGGGCGUUGUUUGUUUGGGGGUGUUGGGUGGCUGCGAGGGUGCUUUUUGUGCAUGCGUUUUUGAAUAAUCAAAAGACGCUGGAUGAUGAUUUCGAGGUGAUUGUGGGGGCGUUGAAGGAACAAGCAGAAUACUGGGGCUUGGCGACACAAUAUGUGAAACUACUCGAAAGGGCCAAACGCAAGAUGCUCAACUCCCGUCAGUCCCACCCUCCCACUUUCUCAUCCACCACCAACUCUUACCCUCAUACCUCCCAUUCAAAACACGCACCCAAAGGCCCCGAAGGCCCCGAAGGCCACUCGUCCGCCCUGCCAGACGCCAUCCACGUCCUGCUCGACCUUCGGCGAACAGCUUACGGCGCAGUGGGCACGAAUAUACAAGAGACGCCGCAUACGACGCCGCCCCCGGAGGGCCUGGAGGGCCCGGAGGGGGGGUUGGGGUUUGUGCCUGGGUAUGAAGCGGGGCAUGGGCAUGGGCAUGGGCAUGGGAUGCAUGAUGUUGCGAUGGGCGCUGGGUCCGGGUCGGGGUCCGAUGCGGGGACAGGGAGAGGGAUGGGUCAAGCGCAAGCACAAGGAGGGCAAGGACAGGGGAUGCAAGGGGUGGAAGGUAUGGAUCUGGGACUGGAUAUGGUUCCUGCUUGGGCGGUACAGCCGGGGUUGGAAGAUUUGUAUAGCUGGUUUGAUUUACCGGCGGGGUUGUUCCAUGGGGAGGGGAUGUGA